AUGUUUUACAACCCACUCGCAAUCACUGCAUCCUCUCUGGACCUCCACCCCUCGCACAGCCUACCAGAAAGGAUUCGAGCUGCAGCGUCCGCCUCGUCUCUUGCAAUCGAAACCGUCUACCAAGAGCUUGAAGAGUACGCGCUCUCCCACACGCCACCCACAUACACGAUGCUGCUAGAACCAUCUCCCAUCUAUAACUUUGAGGGCCAUGAAUUGCCCCUAGAAGAGCGACUCGCUCGUGCGCGGAAUUGGCUCGAAAUCGCCGCCUGCUUGAAGGCUAAGUACCUGCAAGUGCCCUCCCAGUUUGAUACCGGGAACAGCUCGGGAGAUUGGACUCGGAUGGUGGGAGAUCUUCAAGCGCUUAGUGACUUAGCGGCUUCGUACUCGGUUGGCAUUGCCUACGAGGCUGUGGCUUGA